CAUAAAGUUCAUCAGUGCCAUCAAUGUAAUCUCACAAUGCAGACCUCAAUCAACUUUAUAGUGCUCUGUGUUUUUUUCUCAUCGGUUUUCUGUGCAAAUGGAUAUUACUGGAGAGAUUGGAAUGGCACAGUCCCAUCCGAUGCGUAUGUUGUGGUAAAUGAUAGCAGAGGGCCUGUAUAUUUUGCACAAGCUUAUGUAUACAACAUAGGAUUAUUUGUGGGGAACAUCGAAAAGAACCAACACUCCAUUACAGUGAAUCCUUCGACAGACAUACGUUUAGUUAAAUCCAGCAAUGUGUUGAAAAUUUUCUGUUCAUCAUCAGAAGACUCACUCAUGUGGAUACAAAGUCAUUCAGGUCUCAUUUCAAAACUAACUAAAUUCGUCCAACCGGUGUUAGGCGGGAUCACAAAUAACAAUGGAACUGUAUAUGUAGGAAGAUAUUUACUUAAUGGCCGUAUGUACGUAGGAAGCAUACACAGUGACUAUUUCUUGUAUUACACAAGAUCUAGUAUACAGGGCGGAUUAGUUAGCCAUUACGAAAUAUUGAUUCAAGAAUCUGAAAUGAACUCAAAUUGCGACGAGAAAGAUGUCCCACCUGUUUGAUUAGUAUCCUCAAUUUUGUGAAUAAUUUACUUUUUGAUCCUUGUAUCACAAAUUGCUUAACAUUGUAUUCACAAUCGUUAAACAUUAUUAUAAACAUAUUCCAACUUGAACUCGGAAACCAUGUGAUAUUUAUUUCAAUUUUCAAUAAAUAAAUAAUCAAAAAAC